GCCAAAAGUAUCGAUAUGGUAUCGUAUCGUAUCGAAAUUCGUGUCCCUAGACGUGAUUAUCGAAGUCGCGGAAAUGUGAACAACAGCGGCGGCAGUAACAGCAGCAGCAGCAGCGGCAAUGUUGGCAGCAACGUCAAUCGUGGUGUUAGCAGCAGUAGCAACAAUAACCAUAAUCACAGUGGCGUUGGUGGCAGCGUCGCCCCCAUCAGCGGUAGUAGCAGCAGCAGCAGCGGCGGCGGUAUUAAGAACAACACGUCCGCAACCAGUUUCGGUGGCGUCAUUAGCAGUGUUGAUUUGAUCUACAAGAACACUAACAACGAAUACAACAGCAACUAUUAUAAUAGCAACAUUGGCAGCAAUGUAAAUGGUAAUCACAGCGGCAGUAGCAGCAGCGGCAUUAGCGGCGUGAACAAUAGCACAAAAAUCAUACGAAGCAGAAGUGAUGACAAUCUCGAUGAAUAUGACUAUGAGGAGAUUUGAAUGAAGUAACCCUUUGUUUGUAUACUAUUUCGAAAACACGAAAACUCGAUACAAAGUAAUUUCCUUUUUGCUCUACUGCCAAAUAAUCGUUUACUAUUUUUUUCAUUUUAUACUAUUUUCUUCUUAUAAACUAGUUAUUUAUGAUACAUAUGUACAUACAUAUCCACAAGUUAACUUUGAUAGAUACGGUGGCGAGCAAGCAAAUAAAGACGCGACACUUUAACAAUUUUGGCUAUUUUGCUUUUGUUUAUUUAACUUUUUUUUUUUAAGUAUCAUAAACAUUGCAAACUUUUUAUUUAAAAUUUCAAAAAAAAAACAAACUAGGUAUGCAGUUUUGUAGUAUAAUAAAUACAUAUAAUAGUAGUUUGAAGUAACUAGGACUUUCCAUAUAUUUCGGGAAUUAUUUCUUUGGCUGGCGGUUUUGUGCAUUUUCCUCCAUAUAAAAAACAUUUCGAACAUGCUUUGUGAAAACGCCAGCAAAUAAAAACAAAAAUCUACGCUAAAUCCUAGCUACUGCAAAUUCGCACUGGACUACAAAACUGAAUAGGAAUUUU